AACAAAAGAGUAAGAAGUUAGAAAGAAAGAGUAACAAAUAUAACUAUAAUGGCUGAGGAAGUGAAGGUACUGGGCAUGUGGAUAAGCCCUUUCAGUCGCAGAGUAGAGCUAGCUCUAAAACUGAAAGGUGUCUCUUAUGAAUACAUCGAAGAAGAUCUUGCUAACAAGAGUCCUUUGCUUCUCAAAUAUAACCCAAUUCAUAAGAAGAUCCCUGUGCUCCUACACAACGAAAAGACCAUCAUUGAAUCCAUUGUCAUACUUGAAUACAUUGAAGAGACAUGGAAAGGCUAUAGCUUACUUCCUGAAGAUCCUUACCAGAAAGCUAUCGCCCGUUUCUGGGCUAAGUUCAUAGAUGAGAAGUGUUGGACUGCAGUGUGGAUAGCUUGCUGGAGUGAAGGGAAGGAGCAAGAGAAAGCCAUGGAAGAAGCAUGGGAACACCUAAGGACAUUGGAAAAUGAGCUUAAGGGGAAGAAGUUCUUUGGAGGGGAGACUAUUGGAUUUGUAGACAUUGCAGCAAACUUCAUAGCCUUUUGGGUUGGAGUAUUUGAGGAAGUAACAGGCAUAAAGUUGCUAGAUGAAGAGAAACUUCCCAUCUUAUGCAGAUGGAUUGAAGAGUUCCUCAGUUGUGAUGUUGUGAAGGAAUGCUUGCCUCCCAGAGAUGAGUUGAUCAUGUUCUUUCAAGCUCGCAAGGAAGCUAUCACUGCAUCCAAAUCCAUGGUUUAUAAAUUAUAAGUGACUGGUGUGUCGUUUUCAUUGGUAGUGAACUUGUUACUAAUACAUAAAUCAUCCUAUGUACUUCUUGUGUUUGUUUUCUGUUUUAUGUAUUUAGAUCUGUAGCCUCAUCAGCAGCUAGUGAGUUCUUUAAGGGCACAGAUUUCUUAGAUUAGAGGGAAAAAACUGUUGUUUGACUUUCAGUAAUUGGAAUUUAGUAAGCUGUGACAAAAAUAUGCAAAUUAGCCAA